GACAAGAAGCCUUAUUGAGAUAGACUUGAGUGUCUCCUUUUAUCUCCUUUGAAUCAAAAACCGUCUGGGUUGAAUUCGUUUUGUAUAUAUAUGAUUUGAGUCGAACUAAAAUUAAAGUGAACACUUUUCCAAUUCACUAAACGAUCAACCACGACUCUCACAAUCGCAUACGCACAUAUUCCAGAAAUGACCAAGCGGCUCAGUCCUCAUGAGAAGAAGAAUAGGAAGCCUGCAUCACGAGCGUGCGUAUUCUGUCAUGAAAAACAUCUACAGUGCUCGAAUGAAAGACCUUGUAAGAAUUGUGUGAAAAGGGGCCUCGCCCAUGAGUGUCGUGAUGUGAUACGAAAGAGAGCUAAGUAUCUCAACACAAAUUCACGAAGAGGCAGCGAAGCUCAGGCACAUGCAGAUUAUCCCCAUAACCCAAUAGACGGAUUCAUGUCACCAACUAUUAAACCGGAGAUACCGUCGCCAGCAUCGAAUAUGGUUGUUUCUCCACAAUUUGUAGGCAAUGCUUUACUUCAACAGGAGGUACAACAUCCUCAGCAGUUUCAUCCUCAGCAACAACAGAAAUUAUCUCUUCAUAACUCCAUGUUGAACACUACCAACGAUGUGCUUAAUAGGUUACUCGAAGAACAAAAUUUCAAGGACACAGACUCCGACAACAUGUCAGCAAACUCUGUAAAUGCCAGUAGACCCAACACUGCCAUAGGAACAGGAACAUUCAGUUCAAACUAUUUGAACGAAGAGUACUUGAUGUUGGGAGAUAUAAUCUUGCAUUCAAAGCCGACGUCGCCGUCGCCUUCUAACACCAGUGUUUCAGAAUAUAAUACAAACACAGUAUCUCCCAAUUUUAGUAGUCAAAUCAACUACGACGACCUUAACCAGCCUCGGAGAAAAGUUUUGCAGCGACUCAAGGAUUCUCGUCCCUUCAUAUCACUUGGGUUUUCGAACGAAUCGAGCCAAUUACCUAAUCUAAACAGCAGUAAUAUAGCCCAAUCGUCGUCUAUUCCAACAGAGUAUGUUUCUCCGCUUGUAACACACCAUCUCUAUCAGUCCGUACAGGAUAUAUACACCAACAACAUUAUGAACUUUGAUUAUCCGCAAUCGUAUCAUCUGUUGACCCAUUUUUUAAAGAAACGGUUCCUGGGGAACAACCUACCUGCGGAACAAAAGCAAGCCAAAAGGCAGAGUCUACUUGUAAUUCUUAAGUUAAUUGCAAGCUACAGACCUACAUUUAUUUCUGCCCACAAGUCACUCUUGAAGCCCUACGAUUUACAGUUCUUGGAAAUGACGUUCCAGCGUUGUUUAAUUGACUACGAGAAGCUUUCGCAGCUAAACUCAUCGCCCACUAUUAUUUGGAGAAGAACCGGCGAAAUCGUGUCGAUAACGGACGAUUUGCUCAGUUUACUUGGUUACAAUCUAGCCGACUUAUUGUCGCACCGUACAUUUAUUAUGGAGCUCAUGUAUGACGAUGAGUCGAUUACCAACUAUUUCCGGUUGUUUAAGACUGUCGCAGUCGGAAACCUCCAUCUGAGUAUUAUUACCAAAAUCAAGCUCACCAAAAACCAAAAUAGAAACGUAUCGGAUCAAACAGGAACAAGACGGCUUUCAUAUGAGUUGUCCGAGAGGGAUCACAUCGAGUUUUGCUCGGUAUGGACCGUUAAGCGAGACAUGUUUGAUCUACCUAUGAUGAUCAUAGGUCAAUUCCUACCAAUUCUUCCUGCAGGAGACGGUGUGAGGAUGUACUAAAAAUGUGACGAGUGGAACCACUAGAUGCAAAAGUGGACACACCAAUACAGACAUCCACCCGCCCUGGUAGAGUAAAAAAAUUACAUGAUCAUGAGACCCCUCUCGAUAAGGUAAUCAUCGGCGAUAGAUUGUCAUUUCUGGGUGGUGACGGUCGAUGAAUAAUAAGGUGUAAGACCAAAUGCAGAAAUGGAGUGAUCUUUUAGUGGGGUGACAUUUUCUUUUUUCGCAUACAGUAGAAAUUUUUGCGACUGCCCCUUCUAACUGGAUUGUCUUCCAGCUGAGCACUAUGACCACUUAGAAGUGGUAGAGAUCCACUUACGAGGACUAUAUAUACUGGGAUUUAGGCGUAUCUAUUUAUUUCUAUUUAUUCUGUAUUAUACAACAAAGACAACUUUGCU